AUGGCUCCCUCCGCAAUCUCUCCCCCUCCAUCAACCACCGGUGACGACUCUAUCGCCAGCUAUCGUGGUUAUGACCACGUUCAGUGGUAUGUUGGCAAUGCCAAGCAAGCUGCCAGCUAUUAUAUCACUCGCAUGGGCUUCAAGCGCAUCGCCUACCGUGGUCUCGAGACUGGCACCCGUCAUCUUUGCUCGCACGUCGUUCGCAACGGCGAUAUCACCUUCAUCCUCACCUCGCCUCUCCGAUCCCUCGACCAGAUUGACCGUUUCUCCUUCGAGGAGCAAGCUCAGCUGCGCGAGAUCCAUGAUCACCUCGAGCAGCAUGGCGACGGCGUAAAGGACGUUGCGUUUGAGGUUGACGAUGUCAACGCUGUCUACUACGCUGCUAUCAAGAAUGGCGCCAAGUCUGUCUCCAAGCCUCGUGUGCUCGAGGACGAACACGGUCACGUCAAGGUUGCCACCAUUCAGACAUAUGGCCAGACAACACACACGUUGAUUGAACGUGGCCACUAUCACGGUGCUUUCAUGCCUGGAUAUCGUCUUGAGCAGAAUGCCGAGGACCCCGUGGAGAAGUUCUUGCCUAGUGUCAAGCUUGAACGGAUCGAUCACUGUGUAGGUAACCAAGACUGGGACGAGAUGGACAAGGUCUGUGAAUACUACGAGAAAGCUCUUGGUUUCCACCGUUUCUGGUCCGUCGAUGACAGCCAGAUCUGCACUGAAUUCUCCGCUCUCAAGAGUAUCGUCAUGGCCUCACCAAAUGAGAUUGUCAAGAUGCCCAUCAACGAGCCUGCCAAGGGUAAAAAGCAAUCCCAAAUCGAGGAGUACGUCGACUUUUACAACGGUGCCGGUGUGCAACAUAUCGCCCUCCACACCGACGACAUCAUCCGGGAUAUCACCAACCUCAAAGCUCGAGGUGUCGAGUUCAUCAAGGUGCCCGAGACAUAUUACAUUGAUAUGCAAGCCCGUCUCAAGGAAUCCGGUCUCGUCCUCAAGGAGGACUUUGAGACGAUUCGAAGCUUGGAUAUCUUGAUUGACUUCGACGAGGGUGGCUACCUUCUUCAACUGUUCACCAAGCACCUCAUGGAUCGUCCUACUGUCUUCAUUGAAAUCAUCCAGCGACACAACUUUUCCGGCUUCGGUGCUGGUAACUUCAAAUCGCUCUUCGAGGCAAUUGAGCGGGAGCAGGCCCUUCGUGGAAAUCUGGUUUAA